AUGGGGAUCACAGAAUUUGAUAUGCAACCUCUCAAAAAGCUCAAAGUGCCAGUUGAGUAUGAGAAUGAUGUCUAAUUUUAUACUGAGGCAAUAACUAAGCAGCAUGAAAAAAGGAGACAAAAAUUACUAAUGGAAUAUGAAGAAUUACUACAUUCAAAAUAAGUCGAAAGCUCUCGUAAUCCAAUAUCGAUUGUUUAAGAAGAGAGAUCUGAGAGUGUACAAAGUUCUAAAAUAAAUGAAAAAUUGAUGAAGGUGUAAAAGCUAAUUUAAGAGCAGCGAGAAUAACAACUACUACUAUAUUCUCAGAAACAAUAGUUAAUAGAAUCACGUAAAAAACAAAUCAGCAGUGAAAGAGAACUUAAAGCAUAAUAAAAGGAAGUAUUAGACACCUCAAGAAUGGAAUAAGUUUACCGAAACAGAGCCUAGAUUUAGAAACUGACACAAGACAAAUAUGAGAAACGCAAAAUGAGUUAUGAUGCCAGAUUAUAAAAACACGAACUUUUCAGAUAAGCUUAAUACAUUGCUCCAAGAAAAACAAGGUUUGAUGAAACAAUGGCUCGAUAUUAGAGAAGUGUUGAGGAGAGAAAAUAACUAGAUAAAGAGAGAUUAAGAAAAUUAGAAGAAAGCUUAGAGAAGGCUAAUUCUAAGAAAUCAUCAAACAUCAUAGAAAUAAAGAGGAGAGGCUUGCUUGAAUAAUUAAAAAUGGAAGAUGUUCUUUUCAACAGAGAAAGGUCAUAGCAUACCAAAUAAAUUCGAUUGCUAGAUAAAUUACAAGUGAGAACAGAGAUGUUGAGACCAAAUAAGAACGAACCAAAAACCAAAGCUUAUCCAUUCCCCAAGUUUAUCUGUCAAAAAGAUUAAAGAAAAGAAAACUCAUCAGCAAUAUUCCACUAUGCUUCACAAUUUGUUGAGUAACUAGAUUAAGUUGAUAUCCAUGACUUAGGGAGUAAACUACUAGAGUUGAGCUCCGAGUAAGACAAAGAGCAAAGAGAUUAAUUUGUUAAAACUAAUUAUUUGUUUUUAUAUAACUGA